AUGGGCGCCUGCGUGUCCAAGGCCGCCUGCUGCUGCCGCAAGCCGAACAACGGGGUUACCCACGAGAAGACUGAUACUGUGACGGAGGACGAGGAGGCAUACGACCUGCCUGCGUUCCAGGAGUUCACCUUCGAGCAGUUGCGGCUAGCUACAUCGGGGUUUGCGGUGGAGAACAUCGUGUCCGAGCACGGUGAGAAGGCGCCCAAUGUGGUAUACAAGGGGAAGCUCGAUGCCCAGCGCCGCAUCGCUGUCAAGCGCUUCAACCGCUCUGCCUGGCCUGACCCGCGCCAGUUCCUGGAAGAAGCUAGAUCAGUUGGCCUGCUCCGAAGCAAAAGGUUAGCAAAUUUGCUUGGUUGUUGCUGUCAAGGUGAUGAGAGAUUGCUUGUUGCAGAAUACAUGCCCAAUGAUACACUAGCGAAACAUCUUUUCCACUGGGAGUCACAAUCAAUGAAAUGGACCAUGAGACUAAGGGUUGUUCUCUGUCUUGCUGAGGCUUUAGAAUAUUGCACCAACAGGGGCCGUGCUCUCUACCAUGAUCUCAAUGCCUAUAGAGCUCUGUUUGAUGAUGACUGUAACCCUAGACUUUCCUGUUUUGGCCUCAUGAAGAACAGUCGGGAUGGAAAAAGUUACAGUACCAAUUUGGCAUUUACGCCUCCAGAAUAUAUGAGGACUGGACGUAUCACUCCUGAAAGUGUCAUAUACAGCUUUGGAACCUUGCUGAUUGAUGUUCUUAGUGGGAAGCAUAUUCCUCCUAGCCAUGCCCUUGACCUGAUUAGGGACCGAAACUUCAAUAUGCUCUUAGACUCAUGUUUAGAGGGUCAAUUUUCAAAUGAGGAAGGAACAGAAAUGGUGCGAUUAGCUUCAAGGUGCCUUCACUAUGAACCCCGUGAGCGACCUAAUGUCAGAUCACUUGUGCAAGUAUUGACUCCUCUACAGAGGGAUGUCGAGACUCCAUCUUAUGUGCUAAUGGGCAUUCCGCGUGGCGGUGCAUCUUCUAUCCAACCAUUGCAUCUUUCCCCUCUCGCCGAAGCUUGUUCCAGAAAGGAUCUGACAGCAAUACAUGAAAUUCUAGAAAAGACGGGCUACAAGGAUGAUGAGGGGACUGCAAAUGAGCUCUCGUUUCAGAUGUGGACGAAUCAGAUGCAAGAUACAUUGAACUCAAAAAAGAAGGGUGACAAUGCUUUUCGACAGAAGGAUUUUACUACUGCCAUUGAUUGCUAUUCCCAGUUCAGUUUGAAGUUGGUCUUUUGGUUUCUUUCCAACCAUUAUGCUAUGGUUUCUCCAACCAUUUAUGCUGACCUGUCAUAUCUGAUGAAUGGCAUGCCACAGGAGGCAUUGAAUGAUGCAAUGAAUGCUCUGGUAAUAUCUCCGACAUGGUCAACAGCAUUCUAUCUUCAGGCAGCAGCACUACUAUCACAAGGCAUGGAGAAUGAAGCCCAAGAAGCACUCAGGGAUGGUUGUAACCUAGAGCAAAGUAGCAGUGGUGGACAUUGA